CGAUGCUUAAACCCAAACGGAUAUCAACCGUCCAUCGAAACGCUCUUAUCUCCUCCACCUUCCCGUCGUAGUCGCACUGUCGCAGGCGAGUAAAAGGCGUAUGAAAAGAUAUUUCUCAGAUCUAGGUAAGAUAUGGAAGAGAAGAAGCUUGCAGACGAUAGAAACAGCGAUGAGCAAGUAGAGAGAAUUGAAUUGGUGGUUUCUGAUGUUGAUGCGAGGGAUACAGAAGAUGAGGUCUUUGAGGAAGCUAUCGACAGUUCGAAGCCUGAAUCUUUUCAAGCCGAUGAUGGGUUACACGAGGAUUCACCUUCAGAGGAAGUGAAAGAUUCCAAGGUUAAUGGAGAGAGCCAUGGUGAGGCAAACGGGCAAGAUAUAACUACGGGAGAGGCUGUACCAGGUUUUGUGACUUCCCGAAUGAAUGGUGUUGAAGGGGAAGCAAGUGCAGGGAAUGUCAGCGAUACAGCUACACUUUCUUUUUCUGAAAAUGGAACUGUCUCUCUUGAGAAGAAAGCUGUUCUCCUCUCUUUCGGGUCAGAUAUGGAAGAGAAGAAGCUUGUAGACGAUAGAAUCAGCGAUGACCAAGUAGAUAACAACAUAUUGCUGGUUUCUAAUGUUGAUGCGAGGGAUACCGUAGAUGAGGUAUUUGAGGAAGCUAUUAACGGUUUCCAAGACGAUGAUGGGUUGCACGAGGAUUUACCUCGAGAGGCAACUCCUGCAGUUUACAUGGAUGAUCUGGAAGAAGUGAGUAGCAAUGAGAAGGAAGUGAUAGAUUCCAUGGUUAGUGGAGAGAGCCAUGGGGAGGCAAACGUGCAAGAUAUAACUACGGGAGAGGCUGCACCAGGUUUUGUGACUUUCAAAAUGAAUGGUGAUGAGGGGAAGUCAGGUACAGAUAAUGUCAGCGAGACAGCUACACAUUCUUUUUCUGAAAAUGGAAAGAAACAACUGGUGGCUGAAGUGAUCGAGGAAACAAGGAAUGGUGGUAUAGAAGAGGAAAACAGGGAUGAAAAUGUUGAUGUAUCAGCUGGCAGAGGAACAGAACAAGAGGCACAAAGAAAUGGUGAGACUGCUGCCGAUUACAACACUGUUAAACGUGCUUCAGGUGAGAGAUCCUUGAAUGAUAGUAUAGCUUGUGCUGGGACCUUAUCUCCAUUGGAGAAAUCUAGUUCUGAGGAAAAGGGAGAGACUGAAGGUCACAUCAGUAGAGAGCAUGAUACUGUUCAAAACAGUAAGGGAGGACUUGGUGUUGAACAUACUUCUCAACCUAAUAAGGAAUUUGAGAAGAAGCAAGGCAGCAGAGUGAAUAUGAGUCCAGAGAUUCAGGAAAGCCCACAUUUGGAAAGAAAAUCUGAGGAAGCAAGUUCUGUUUCACCAACAGAAUCUACAAGUAAUACUGCAGCGUCACCUCCUGCUCGCCCAGCAGGCCUUGGGCGUGAUGCUCCUCUUUUGGAAUCCACACCACGUGUUCCUCAUCAGCCUCGUGUCAAUGGUAAUGUGUCUCAGAAUCAGUCUGAGCAAGCAGAGGACCCUACCCCUGCAGAGACCGAUGAGCAUGAUGAGACCCGUGAGAAGCUCCAAUUGAUCAGGGUCAAGUUUUUGAGGCUUUCACAUAGAUUAGGGCAAACUCCACAUAAUGUUGUUGUUGCUCAGGUUUUGUAUAGGCUUGGAUUAGCAGAGCAGUUGAGGGGGAGAAACGGAAGCCGUGUUGGUGCCUUUAGUUUUGAUCGAGCCAGUUCCAUGGCAGAACAACUUGAGGCAGCUGGACAGGAUCCACUUGAUUUUUCUUGUACAGUUAUGGUGCUCGGUAAAAGUGGUGUUGGUAAGAGUGCUACGAUUAAUUCUAUUUUUGAUGAACCGAAAAUCUGUACCGAUGCAUUUCAGAUGGGGACAAAGAGGGUUCAGGAGGUUGAGGGUUUUGUUCAGGGAAUUAAGGUUCGGGUGAUUGACACUCCAGGUCUCUUACCAUCAUGGUCUGAUCAACACAAGAAUGAGAAAAUGUUGAAGUCUGUUAAGGCUUUCAUCAAGAAAAAUCCACCGGAUAUCGUAUUAUAUCUUGAUAGGCUGGAUAUGCAAAGCAGAGAUUCUGGUGACACUCCUCUCUUGCGCACCAUCACUGAUGUUUUUGGACCAUCGAUAUGGUUUAAUGCCAUUGUGGGUUUGACUCAUGCCGCUUCUGCUCCACCAGAUGGCCCAAAUGGCACUGCCUCUAGCUAUGACAUGUUUGUAACACAACGUUCUCAUGUCAUUCAGCAGGCCAUUCGCCAAGCAGCUGGAGAUAUGAGGCUCAUGAACCCUGUGUCUUUAGUUGAGAACCACUCUGCUUGCAGGACAAAUCGGGCAGGUCAGAGAGUAUUGCCGAAUGGCCAAGUGUGGAAGCCUCAUUUGCUGUUACUCUCAUUUGCGUCCAAGAUUCUAGCAGAAGCAAAUGCUCUUCUGAAAUUACAAGAUAAUAAUACUCCAGGGAGACCAUUUGUAGCUCGAUCCAAGGCUCCACCACUGCCACUUCUCCUCUCAUCGUUUCUGCAAUCAAGACCGCAAGCUAAACUUCCUGAAGAGCAGUAUGGUGAUGAAGAAGAUGAAGAUGAUUUGGACGAAUCAUCAGGUUCUGACGAAGAAUCAGAGUACGACCAGCUUCCUCCUUUUAAGCGUUUGACUAAAGCUGAGAUGGGUAGUCUUAGUAAAUCUCAGAAGAAGGAAUAUCUUGAUGAGAUGGAGUACCGGGAGAAACUAUUUAUGAAGAGGCAGAUGAAAGAGGAAAGAAAGAGACGUAAGAUGAUGAAGAAAUUUGCUGCCGAGAUUAAAGAAUUUGCUAACGGGCAUAGUGAAAAUGUGGAAGAGGAGAGAAGUGAACCUGCUUCUGUUCCAGUUCCCAUGCCAGAUUUGUCUCUACCUGCAUCGUUCGACUCUGACAACCCUACUCACAGGUACCGGUCUCUUGAUUCCUCCAAUCAGUGGCUUGUUAGGCCAGUCCUGGAAACUCAGGGGUGGGAUCAUGAUGUUGGGUAUGAAGGUGUCAAUGCAGAACGACUUUUUGUUGUUAAAGAAAAGAUACCGAUAUCUUUCUCGGGGCAAGUUACAAAGGACAAAAAGGAUGCAAAUGUGCAGCUGGAAAUGGCCAGCUCGGUUAAACAUGGAGAGGGCAGAUCAACCUCCCUAGGUUUUGAGAUGCAAAAUGCUGGGAAGGAAUUGGCUUACACUGUUCGAAGUGAUACCAAAUUUAACAAUUUUAGGAAACACAAAGCUGCAGCUGGUCUCUCUGUAACGCUCUUGGGUGAUUCGGUGUCUGCGGGGCUGAAAGUUGAGGAUAAGUUGAUUGCUAAUAAAAGGUUCAGAAUGGUUAUGUGUGGAGGGGCAAUGACUAGUCGAGGAGAUGUUGCUUAUGGGGGUAGUUUAGAAGCUCAGCUGAGAGAUAAAGAUUAUCCGCUGGGUAGGUUUUUAUCUACUCUAGGACUUUCUGUGAUGGAUUGGCAUGGGGAUCUUGCUAUUGGAGGGAAUAUACAGUCCCAGGUGCCCAUAGGACGUUCAUCUAAUCUAAUAGCUCGUGCUAAUCUGAACAACAGAGGGGCAGGGCAAGUAAGCCUCCGCGUAAAUAGCUCUGAGCAGCUCCAACUUGCACUGGUCGCAUUGGUUCCUCUGUUCAAGAAGCUACUUAGUUAUUAUUCCCCUCAGCAAAUGGAAUAUUGACAAUAAUGGAUCACUUCGGGUUUCAAUUCACUUACUACAAGAACAUCCUAGAUUGAGAGUUGAAAAGGAACCUUGGUGUGCCCUUUGGGUUGAAAACUUUAAGAACAAUUUGUUGGAGGAGGCCUCUGUUUUCUUUACAUAGCCAGAACACUUGUUCGUUCCUUGUCUAAUUUAAGCAUAGUUGUGGUUUUAUUCUCUUUCCAAAACCUUUGUAUGGCUUUCUGUUCAUGUCUACCUCUGGAUUUUUCAUAAAGCUUGUUAAAAUUAUGCUGCAAUCUACUUGUUGAUUUUAAGACACCCA